AUGGAUUCUUUUGGUGACAAAAUGUAUCCCCGGCUUUCCUCGUUCCAAGAGAGAGGACCCGAAGUCUCUCGUUUCCGACAAUUUCUUAAUUUGCUGGGAUGUCUGAUCGUACUCCCUAUUUACUCCGUCAUCACGGGAUACACACGCCAUCCGUUGACGCUCGAUAUUCUUUUGACUAUUUUCUCGGCGGAGUACAAUCGGUUUAUGAACGAAAACCGUCGACGAAAGCUGCAUGGCCAGCCCCAAAAGAUUCAAGAUCUCGAGAAAGCGAGCCUUGUGUCUCCUAAUGCAAACCGCGGCCCCGAAUGCAUGGCGGCCAUCGUGGGAUAUCGCGAGGACCCCGAGCUGUUUGCGCGAGCCUUGGAAAGUUACAAGAAUAUUUCCGAGUGCCGUUUGGUGCUUGUGGGCGUCGAUGGCGACGAUGUUCCUGACAUGGAAAUGAUUCGAGUUUUCCAAAAUGUCUUUCCCAAAAACUCGGCCGUCAUUCAUAUCGACGAGCCAUUUGGAGAGGUUGCGAUGCACACCUUCGAAAAGACCUCCACCAUCGAUGGAAACUCGCAGGCUCCCCAGGCUUACAUGGAAGCCACUAUUGCCCACUGCUGCCAGCUUGCCCGAGAGAUCCUUGCAGAACAUGACCUGAGACUCGGCCAGCCGGACGGAGUGGCUCGAUUGUGUCUGUAUCAGCCGCAUUUGCACAAGAAAGGCAUCAUGUUCUCUUCCUUCAUAUUCUCUAUUGUCAUCUCUGAGAUGCUCGGAAUCGAGUACCUCUGGUCCUCCGAUUCGGACACCAUUGUGCUGCCGGGUUCCCUGAAAAGCACCAUUGAUACCAUUGCGGGAGAUCCUAAUGUCGGUGGUGGCAGUUCAGGUCUGAUUGUUCACAAUGAAAAUGACACCGUCAGCACGAAGCUGGGUAGUGUCGUGUACUGGUCGGAGUUGUAUAUGACACGCUCCGUCUCAACUCUUUCUGGAACCAGCGACUGUCAGAGUGGUCCCAGCACGGCAUUCCGAGUGUCUGCUCUCCCUGCGAUUCUAUACCCGUGGUAUACUCAGACUGUUCUGGGUCAUCGAAUGGUUGUCAACGAGGAUCGUCACCUUACCACAAACCUGCUCAUGCGCGGAUGGACUGUGACCUAUGCAUCCGACACGCUGGCUGCAACUGAUACCCCAACCACCCUCAGUCGCUGGAUUCUGCAGCAAGUCCGCUGGAGUCGAGCAGGCCAUAUUGAGUCUUUCCAACAACCCAAGCUCUACCUCCUCACCAACCCGCUGUUCUUCUGGGCUGCCGUGAAGCGAGAGGCUGGUCCUCUCCUCGGAUUCGCGUAUAUCCUCUACUACCUCAUCACGGGAGAAUGCUUCGCCUACUUCAAUUGGUACGAUGUCGGCAUCCGUAUUUCCUAUACACUCCUAUACAACUACUUCCGCAACCCUGACCGAGGCCCCAGCAACUCGUGGCUGUGGAUUGUUCCCGGUCUGCUCUUCUACAACAUUCCUCUCCCGAUGAUCCAUCUUUGGAGUCUGAUUACCGUUUUCCAAGAUGGGUGGGGCACGUCCAUGCGAUCGACUAGCGAAAUGACCAAGCGUGGACAGGCCUGGAAACGGUGGAAUGACCUUUGUUUCUUCGUUGUCUGGAUGGGCAUUGUUGGCGGAACCCUUGCCCGCAUGCUCGCGUCGAAGGCUGGGUGGGCCGAUGGUGAUAUCAUGCAGGCUGUUUUCUGGGGUAUCUUGAUCCCGACCGCUGUUUCGUUCUACGGAUUGGUGGUCCGUGAGUGA